AUGGCCCAAAGGGUAACAAGGCAUCUAAGACUGCUGCGUCAGUUGAAAUACUUAACGGCCUCGAAAACCCCCAUGGUGUCAGAUUACCCAAGAAACUUUGGAAAUGCAGCAAAAGAUGGCUUAAAGGGGACAACCCGUUGGGCGGUGUACUAUUUAACAAAUCCAAUUUCUUGGUAUCCUGUACUUGAACGUGCCAUGAUCCUGUCGGCCAUAUCAGCAAUUCAACCGUUACUACCUCUACAGGUGACAGUACAGAGCAUAUAGAAGAUGAGGGACUGGGCGUAAACAUUUGUUGCAGCAGUGGGUCACCGCUCUGUCAGACAGGAAACAACAGUGGCAAUAGCUGCAACUCCCCCUUUGAAGAGAAAUUUAGCCAGGCGAACCGGUAAGCCUCGAACGCUCUGACUUCGAGGAGCAGCAAGAAAACAGCAGGAAACAAGACGAAAAGGAAGAUGGAAUAUUAGAGCACGAUUCCCCGUCAGUGAUGAUAGUGACAUUCCAUCUUUGGAACGAGAGGCUGAUUUUUACCCGGGAAGAUGAAAAUCAGCUUCGUAAGAAGUACUCGCUUCAACAGCGGUAUAACGGCUGCCACGCCUUUGCCACCGGACAUUGA